AUGGAUCGGCAGACGCGGGGGUGGACGAGAGAACGGCGGGGGCGCCAGCCGUCCCCAGGCACUGCCGCGACACGGCUGAUGGCGCGCGGUCUCGGCGACGGCUUUGCGGUUGGCAGCGUUGUUUUUGCACCAAGGCGGCGGCGCGCGGGGGCGCUCCAUUACGCGCUGGCGGAGGUCACCGGUAUUCAGGCCUGCGCCGGCACAGCAACGGUGGCCUUCGUGAACGCUGAGCCUGGUGUGGACGAC